GAGCGGAGCGCUCGUCGCGCUGCGAUGCGGGAGUCGAGCGCAGUUAAAAUUGGCAUGGCUGACCACUUGGUAGAUGUGUAGAGAGUGCUGUCGUCGGUGUCGGUUUCGGUAUCGGUCCGCGUUUUACCUGCAAUUUACGCCCGCGAUCGCGCCUGCCGUCCGUCCGAAACAAGUGCGCGUCGCGGCGCAAACCACCACACGCGCGUAAAUCAUCGCCAGCCAUCUCAUCCGCCGCGUGUUAAGCUUAAGCUGCGCAAUCGAUGUGAGGAAACGACGAGCAAGAGGCCGAGACAGAGAAUUCUUGCCGACGUCCGCGGGUGCGAGUGCGAGGACGCGGAUGUGGGAUUCGGGACUCAUACGUUCAAGGAAUAUUCGUCGCCAUACGGGCACCGGAUGCUCCCGAGACAAAUGAUCAGUGGCCAUCGAAUAUUCGUCGUUUAUUUCCACACAUCAUCAAAACCCGAUCAAAAUGUGAUUGUCACAUGAUGUGAUCAACGCCACUCUUCAAUCACUUUUUAUCAUCAACACCCGCAAACUAUGUGAAGAGUGUACUUUUAGUGUAAACACAAAAAGAUUUAAAUAAAUUCACGCAGAAUUUUUGAGGUGAAAAGACAUCAGAAUGUCUUUUUUGAAUAAUAUAAAGAAAGUCCUCCAUUUGGGAGGCAAUGAUGCCAAGAAGAAGAAAGUCUACUCCAAUGUACGGCAGGAUCUGGAUCCUGAAGAGUUUUGGGACAUGAUCGGCGUGUUGGGUGAUGGAGCAUAUGGCCAGUAUGCAAGGCGCAGCAUAAACGAAUACAGGCAACUGGCGGCCGCGAAAAUGUACCGUUUGGAUGGCGAAGGUAACAUAGCCGAUUUCGCGAUCGAGAUUGAUAUUCUCUCGGAGUGUAAGCAUCACAAUAUCGUCGAGAUGCACGAAGCUUUCCAGCUGGGUAAUCAACUUUGGAUGUUGAUUGAAUAUUGUGAUGGUGGUGCGCUGGAUAGUAUCAUGACCGAGCUGAAAGCCGCUCAACAGGCGCAGAUUCGGUAUAUUGUGUAGCAGAUGACCACCGGGUUGUUGUUUCUGCACAAGGCGCAUAUUAUCCAUCGGGACCUCAAGGCGGGCAACGUGUUGCUGACGAUGGCAGGCGGCGUUAAACUCGCUGAUUUUGGUGUUUCUGCGAAGAAUAAGAGCACGAUGCAGAAGCAUGACACGUUUAUUGGUACGCCGUAUUGGAUGGCACCCGAAGUUGUGCUGUGUGAAACCUUCCGCGAUAAUCCCUACGACUUUAAGGUGGAUAUCUGGUCGAUGGGUAUUACGCUAAUUGAAUUCGCACAGAUGGAGCCGCCGAAUCACGAAAUGUCACCGCUGCGCGUCCUGCUGAAGAUCCAGAAGUCCGACCCGCCGAAACUGGAACAACCGUCGAAGUACUCCAAGGAUUUCAAUGAUUUCCUCGCCCGCUCACUCAUCAAGGACCCAUCGAAGCGACCAACGUGUGAAGAACUGCUUAAACAUCCGUUCAUCAAUUGCACCCUUGACGCCAAACCUAUUAGGGAUCUACUGCUAGAGUACAAGGCUGAGGUCGUUGAAGAAGAGAUCACAGACGAUGAUGGAGAGAGGGGUAGAAAGAAACAGCGGAAGCAUAAAGAGUUGUAUCAGCGCAUUGGCGGCUCACCGGGUCCCCCCGUACCUGGCAUGCACGACGCACAGGACAACCGAAUCUCUCACAUCGAAGAUGACGCGCGCAUUCCGUGCAGAAAGGAAAAGAAGCAAGCGGAACAGGCUGAGAAGCGUAAGCAACCCGCUGUUGUUCCCACACCGGCGACUAACAACAAUGUCGAAGUGGAAGAACCGAAGAAACCUACCACGCCUGAAGUAAUUGUUCCCGCUGUGGUGCCUGUCAAAAAAGAAGAAGUUCAUCGAAAGACCUCCAGGGACAAAGGUCCCGCACCUCCACCUCCGUUACCAGUCGUGGAAGUUCUGCCAACGCCGCCCUCUUCACCUAAAUUUGAUACACCACCAGCUACACCGCCCGCCGUGCCAGCACCUGUCCUCCCUGAACCACCACCACCUCCACCUAUGGAAGUUGAAGUAGUAGAGGUUGUGAAACAACCUGGACCGCCAACAGCCACCAAACCGAAGUCUUCCAAGAGCCCCACAGCCAGUCCCACAUCGAAGGAGAUUCCAGAAAUAAAGAAGGAAAAGGUAAUCACUGCUAGCAGUGACAUCAUGGAGGCCGCAUUUAGUAAGAUACUCAACGAACAAAAGGACGUCGUUGAUGAGGUAGUCAUUGAAAACAAAGACAUUGGUGAUAUUGUCCUCGUAUCUGAUAACAAAAUGACCUCGACGAUUAUCAUCAACGACAUGCCCGACUUGUCUAAUAGUUUAUCGUCGAAUAUUAGUCAGGUGACAGUGGUAACUACGCAUCCGCCAGUCUUGGUCGACAAUCGACCUGGGUCGAGACAAGCGUCACCUCAGAACAACGCGCCCGCCAAUGAAGUGGUGAUUGUGUCUAAUCAAACGAACAAAACGCAUCUUGAGUCGUCUGACGAUGACUGUUAUCCGUCCUUGGAUUCGUUGGAAUACCCACCACCUUCUGAAUUCAGGGAUAAGCCACUGAAGAAGCUAGACGAGAGCGAGGUAUUGAUUGUUGAUUCAAAUUAUGUAAUCAACGACUCAGGAUUGGAUGUCUCCGCGGAUAACUCGCGGUUAUUAGAUACAAGUCACGUGUCUGUUGUGAAAAUCGACGAGGAGAAGGUUCAGGUGAAAGAUUCCGCCUCGUUUAGGUAUGAUAAUCACAGCCAUAUUCAAACGUCAACCAGCGACCUGUCUUCAUCUUCCAAGGGUGGCAGUACAAGGAGCGAUUAUGGGGAUGAGAAGAAACUUAACGGGCAGGUGGUGAACAAUGGUAAAUUUGACUUUGAUCCGCAUGAUUCACGAUCGAGUGAUGCUGGAUCGGUUAGGAGUAGUGAUUCUAACCGCCGGCCACGUUCGGGUGCGAGUAACAGCAAGUCGGAUGCGGAGAGUAUCUCACUUGCAAGCCAUGAUAGCAACAAUAGCUCAAAGGAGAACAAAGACGCCAACCGGCAAGAUGUUGUACAAGUGCAACUGCGGCCGAAAGCACCUCAUAUUAAGACCAAGGAGGAGAUUGCGUUGAAUAUCCUCAAUCGUAAGACACGAAAACGCACCAGAAAGUUUAUCAUUGACGGUGUUACGAUUACAACUACCACUAGUAAAGUAAUCUACGGUGACGAUGAUAAUACGAUUCUGGAUCCGCUUGCAGAUCGAAAACAAGAACUGCGCGAGUUGAAGUUGUUGCAGAAGCAGGAACAGAAACAGUUCCAGGAGCUGGCAAUGAAGGAAAAAGUGGCGAUUGAUUCGCAGGAGAAACGCUUCGAAACUGAGCGGUUAGGUUUGGAGAGGACGUACGAAAGUGAUCUGGACAUGCUGAGUAGGCAACAGAAGCUACUCAUUGAACGGGCGGAGGCUCAGCAGGAUAAUGACCUGCGUGCUGCUUCGAAGAAAAUCCGACUUGAGCAAGAACGCGAGUUGAAAAGUUUUCGAGAGGAGCUGAAACAGGAGAGUAGACUUUUGAAGGCGGAGAUUGAACGACUACCCAAGGAUCAGAGGAAGAGCGAAUAUAAAUCGCGUAAGGAUAGAUUAGAUGCGGUACAUGCUGAGAAGGAACGCGCAUUUUUGGAGAAACUGAACGAGAAUCAUGAAAGUUCAUUGCGACGUUUGUCGGAUUCACAUCGGGAGAAAAUUGCGCUGAUGGAGAGGCAGUUCCUUCAGCAGAAACAACAGUUGACCAGGACGCGUGAGGCUACCCUAUGGGAGAUAGAAGAGAAACAGAUCCACGAGAAGCAUCAAUUGGUUAAGCGGCAGUUGAAGGACAUUUUCAUUCUGCAAAGGCAUCAAAUGCUUGAUAGACACGAUAAGGAAAUGGAGCAAGUUAAACGACGCGCUACAAAGAAGGAAGAGGAACUUAUAAAGAAGCAGAAUACCGAAAAGAGGUCAUUGCCGAAACGCAUCCGAUCGGAGAUGAAGGUGCGAGAGAUGAUGUUCAGGGAGUCGAUGAGGAUUUCAAUAUCGGGUGCCUCCGAUCCUGAAGUGGAGAAAAACAAAAUCAAAGAGUUUCAAGAGAAUGAAAAGAAACGUUACCAGGCCGAGAGCAGUCGUGCGGAACUGAAACACAAACGACAAUUGGAGGAGCUGAGGGCGAUGAGCGACACAACAAUCAGGGAACUAGAGCAGCUUCAGAACGAAAAGCGCAAGUUACUCAUGGAGCACGAGACGCGUAAGCUGAAGGAACGCGAGGAACACUUCAAUCGCGAGCUGAAGGAAUGGAAAGCGCAGUUGAAGCCUCGCAAACAGAAACUGGAGGAGACGUUCAACACUCAGCUGGAUGAGCAGGAAAAGCUUUACGGGCCGAUUAGCGCGUUGGCGCUGCCAUCCGACUUGAAUUCGUCGGAUUUCUCGCCGGAGGGUUCGCGCCACGGGCAUGGUUCAACGCGGAGCAGUCUCUCUUCAGUAUCCGAGGGAUGAAAUCAAUUUGUGUGCAAGUUAAAUAACAAUUCGCAUUUUGAGAGAGACUUAACGAAUGAACUUUUAAACUAAGUGAAGAAGAAAAUAUGAAAGAAAGCAAACUAGUGGCUUAUAUUUACACUUUACACUGUUUUUUAUUAGCAAUGUUGUCAUUAUCAAUUAAAAUUGUUGCCUACACAUUUUUGUACAACGCAAAUGAACAAUUUGUUCAGACACAGUGAGAAAAGUAAGCACUCGAGACAUAUCAAGUAAUCUAUUGAGAAUGAUUUGUAUUUGCCUAGAAAUAGCAAGACGCACGAGUGGGGAUGCAACACAACAAAACUAGACUGAAACAAUUCGUAAACGAUAGUGAUACGCUUUUUAUAUUGUAUAUAAAUAGUUACUGUCGGCCUGUAUUCCUUGUUUACGAUCGACACUAGUGCGGCUUGCGCUCACCUCGAUUUGACGAAUGAAAAUAUUCUUGUACAAAUUGUAAUAUUAAUUACUUUAGUCAGCGGAUCGAGAAGUGCUUGUAAAGAUCGUUAUUGUGUAAAACAGAGGAAGAACGAACGUAGAGACACUUCUUGGGAAGACUUCAAGUAUGAUCAUUUAUAAGGUUCUUGAUUGAUAAGUGUUGAGGCGCCGAACAAACAGUUGUUGUAAUGAGACAGUGCUACACAAGUCGGACGAUGUCGAAUAAUGUAUAAAUUAUUAUAAUUUCAUAGAAAUAUUUAUCUCCGCAUUCACGAAAGGCGGAGUACAGUUUGAGCGAACUGAGACAGGAGUGAAACGAAGUGUACAAGAAGCAAUGAUGAAUCUAUUUAAUUACUAAAUACGAACGCCUGCGAAAUUGAAUGAUAUAUUGUAUAAUCCAGUGGAGGGUGGGAGUGUGAAGAACAUGAGAUUAAUUAUGAUUUGAUGAUAAGUUGACCCGAAAAACGUGAAUUAUAUAUUAUAGAAGACGAGGAGCAGGAUGAUGGAGGAAGUUUGUAAAUAAAAUAUGCCUUAAUUUCUUGGACUAAAA